GAAGAUCCCUGCUAAGAAAGCUGCUGUCGAAGCGUCGCCCAGUACUGCUAAAAAGCCUUCGACAAAGGUAAGUCGAAAACCCCCAACAAUCCAAAAGAAAAAGAAUGAAGAGGAGAAAGAAGAGGAUAAAGUCCCUAAUGAAGAGUGUGGUGAUGAAUCUCCAGAGUUAAUCCCUCCCCCUCAGAAGAAAAAGAAACUCAUGAAGGUCUCUUCCCAAAGGUCCAUUGCUAACCCAACCAGGAAGGAUCCUGCCAGUGCUUCCUCUGCCAAGCCUCAGUCGAAAGAUAUGGGGAGUGGGAAGUCCAGUUUUAAUACUGAAAUUCCUGAGGAACAAGUGGUUGUCGAAAAAACGCCUGAGAAAAUUCUGGAGGAAAUAGCCCCAGAGGCAGAUGUCUCCGCAAGUGACCAUGAUAUGCAAACCGUAGGAGAGUUCGACACCACUGUGGGUGAAGCCUCUGAAGACGAGUCUCCUCCUCAUCCAGGAUUACAUGCUGCACCUCAGGGUGAUGAUAUUGAAAUGGAGGUUGUGGUCGAAGAUACUCCUGAAGAUGAAGCUGCCAGAGAUGGGGACAAUCAGUCGAAACGAACAGAGGUCGAGCAUACUUCGACGCGAAGCACUCCACCUGCUCCUGACCGGGUCCAAGGGAGUAGCAAAUCAACUGGUUCGACCAGUUUCUCUCGCGAGGAGCUUGAAAAUCUCAAAGUGCAAAGACCUUUGGAGUAUCUGAAAGCCAUGCUUAGCACCCGUUUCAAUUUCCAGGAUUCUUCUCAGAGUAGUUCGACCACUUCUGGGGCGACUUCUGAAGCACCAUCACUUGGCAGCCUUCUGACCAAGAUCAAAACGAAAAUUCUUGAUGUCGAUUUGUUUAAAGUCUUAGAAGAGAAUUCCCUUGCUCAACUUAGUCUUAAGAAACUCUUGAAGCAAGUGAAUGUUUUGGAAACUUCUGCUGAGAUUGGAAGUUUUGUGAUGGAGUUGAUGACUCUCAUUGACUUGGCCACUGCGGAUCUCCAUCGUCAAAGGGAUCUUACCGCUCAAAUCUCCUCCAAGUCUGAAACUCAAACUGCUGAAUGGGAUGCCGUUUCGACUUCGACUGACAAAGUUUCAAAAUUGCAAAAGCUUUCUGAAACGUACGUCGAAGAAGUUGCUGCUUGCAAUGACAAUAUUCAAAAAUGGAAAACACAGAUAGCAGCACUUCAAGAAAAAAUCUCUCAAGAGGAGAAACGUAAGGCAUCCAUUCAGCAACCCGAACAGAGCGAGAUUGACGAAGAAUUGAGGGUGGGUAUUCGACAUGCAGAGAAAGCCCAUCAACUUAGUCAGGAGAUUGAGACUCUCUCUACUCACAAAAGUCUUUGUGAUCAUCGACUCCAACUCCAGAGGCAGAAGUUUACCACUUUGAAGGAUACUUUUGCCAAUUUAAAUUUUUAG